AUGGCAAUACAUGGCUAUACAUGGCAAUACAUGGCUAUACAUGGCAAUACAUGGCUAUACAUGGGUAUACAUGGCAAUACAUGGCAUUACAUGGGUAUACAUAGCUAUACAUACGUAUACAUGGCUAUACAUGGGUAUACAUGGCAAUACAUGGCAUUACAUGGGUAUACAUGGCUAUACAUGGGUAUACAUGGCUAUACAUGGGUAUACAUGGCUAUACAUGGCUAUACCUGGUAAUACAUGGCUAUACAUGGCAGUACAUGGCUAUAAAUGGCUAUACAUGGUAAUAUAUGGCAAUACAUGGUAAUACAUGGCAAUACAUGGUAAUACAUGGCAAUACAUGGCUAUACAUGGGUAUACAUGGCUAUACAUGGGUAUACAUGGCAAUACAUGGCUAUACAUGGCAAUACAUGGCUAUACAUGGCUAUACAAGGUAAUACAUGGUAAUACACGGUGAUACAUGGUAAUACAUGGCAAUACAUGGCAAUACAUGGCUAUACAUGGAUAUACAUGGCUAUACAUGGCUAUACAUGGCAAUACAUGGCUAUACAUGGCAAUACAUGGCAAUACAUGGCUAUACAUGGCUAUACAUGGUAAUACAUGGUGAUACAUGGUGAUACAUGGUAAUACAUGGCAAUACAUGGUAAUACAUAGCAAUACAUGGCUAUACAUGGGUAUACAUGGCUAUACAUGGGUUUACAUGGCAAUACAUGGCAAUACAUGGCUAUACAUGGGUAUACAUGGCAAUACAUGGCUAUAGAUGGCAAUACAUGGCUAUACAUGGCAAUACAUGGCUAUACAUGGCUAUACAUGGUAAUACAUGGUGAUACAUGGUAAUACAUGGCAAUACAUGGCUAUACAUGGGUAUACAUGGCAAUACAUGGCAUUACAUGGGUAUACAUAGCUAUACAUACGUAUACAUGGCUAUACAUGGGUAUACAUGGCAAUACAUGGCAUUACAUGGGUAUACAUGGCUAUACAUGGGUAUACAUGGCUAUACAUGGGUAUACAUGGCUAUACAUGGCUAUACCUGGUAAUACAUGGCUAUACAUGGCAGUACAUGGCUAUAAAUGGCUAUACAUGGUAAUAUGUGGCAAUACAUGGUAAUACAUGGCAAUACAUGGUAAUACAUGGCAAUACAUGGCUAUACAUGGGUAUACAUGGCUAUACAUGGGUAUACAUGGCAAUACAUGGCUAUACAUGGCAAUACAUGGCUAUACAUGGCUAUACAAGGUAAUACAUGGUAAUACACGGUGAUACAUGGUAAUACAUGGCAAUACAUGGCAAUACAUGGCUAUACAUGGAUAUACAUGGCUAUACAUGGCUAUACAUGGCAAUACAUGGCUAUACAUGGCAAUACAUGGCAAUACAUGGCUAUACAUGGCUAUACAUGGUAAUACAUGGUGAUACAUGGUGAUACAUGGUAAUACAUGGCAAUACAUGGUAAUACAUAGCAAUACAUGGCUAUACAUGGGUAUACAUGGCUAUACAUGGGUUUACAUGGCAAUACAUGGCAAUACAUGGCUAUACAUGGGUAUACAUGGCAAUACAUGGCUAU